AUGAAGGCGAUUCCGGACCGCCGCGUCACGGAACCCGAGGACACUGCGUUUCUUUGGAAUUCGACGCUGGACAAGGCCCGCCGCUGCCUCUUCACCGAGAUCCACAAUCACAGCAAAAAACCUGUGGGAGUGAGCCACAGCACCUGUAGGACCAAACUUCUGGCGCAAAGCAGCUUUCCUCGGCGACACCCGAGCCGUUGGGGUGGUCAGGCGCGGAAUUCCCGUGUUCAUUCUGUCUGGAGAGCGGGCGGAGCGUGCAAGUCCACCAGCCAUUUGCUCUGCGCAAAGCUCCAAAAGUGAACUGUCUGGUAUUGUUUUUGUUUUCCCCCGUAGGGUGCGCGCCGCAUCUUUUCGUCUUUGCGCUUCAACGCUCUUCGCCAACCCACCACCCUCGCGUCCAGCACCCUCUCCAUCCCGCUGAAGCUUCGCACCUGCCUAUCCCUCCCCUACUUGUCGACGAGAGCUGCUACUUGCCGCUUUGACACUUCUUACGCCUACGUCUGCGUUAUGCGCUACUCAUCGCUUCUCCUUGCUGCCUUGAUGGCCUUGAUUACCCUUGCGACGCAAAAGGUAAUAGCUGUCGAGGCGACGCAGCCAGAGACCAGCGCAGGUUCGGGAUCCGAUGAUUCUCGAUCACGCUUGAGCUACCCUGGCACAGCUCAUCGUGAGUAUUGCGUGAUGGCUUCUUGAAAACGGUAAAGUCUAGUAAUGGAUUCCGGACUAAAUUGUCGAACUUGUGCUGAUUCUUGCCAUGCACAAGCAGGCUACAUCGUCCCCAAUGCAACCGACGAUAAUCCCUUCUGGCUGCUACAAGCCAAAAUAAAGUUUGGCAAAGCUUGCACGCGUAAAGUCGAAGAGAUAGGAGGCAACAUCCUAUUUGAGAACUACGUCAUUAAGAAACGUUGGAGCAAGAAAACGGUUAGGGUUUCGUGUCAAUACGUCCUCGACCUGCCUCCUAUCAGGUGAGUUCGGAGCCUUGAAUCUCUCAAGUCGGCGACAGCGAGGGGUCCAGAUUGCUUCUUGCCCUUGACGAAGCCUGGCGAUCCGAUUGAUGGUGAUCUGGUACCGACAAUUGGGCGCGUUCUUCUUCCUUCCCCUUGCCCGCACUGGCAGAAUCCCAAUCGGGCCUUACGACGUUACCGACGAGGUGAGUGUUCCCGAAUGGCAGCAUCUGUGCGCAGCAUAACGGGCUUCUCAUACAUACUAGAACACCCUCGCUCUGCUGUCUAACGUCGCCCACGUGAAGGUGGCCAAAUCGGUCGGAUGGGCCGAGGCAGAGGCCGUCAUCGACUCAAACUAA